AUGUGGGAGCAAGUGAAACUGCUUGGGCACAUAGGGAAAGUAUCACUUAAAGGAGUAGUAAAUGAUGACGUAGUGGAUAUAGACACAGAUGGUGAGCUGUUAAGUUUGUGUGAUAAGGUACCACUUUCUUAUGAGAGAGUGGUGGUCAUUUAUGUACAACACAUUGAAGAGGAAGGUGUUGCAGUGAAUGAGGAUAUUGGGCCUGUUACUGAGGAUAUUGGGCCACUGAACAAUGAUAAAGAGGGGCGGCCUUUUACUAAGAAUCAUGGGCCUGCUUGCACAGUUGAAGACUGGGAUUCAAGUGAUGAUGAUGGGCCCCUGAACAAUGAGGACAGUGAGGACAGUGAAGACAGUGAAGAAGAUAAGGAAGAUGACCCUGAUUUUGUUGACAGUGCUUAUGAGCAGAGUGAAAAUGAAUGUGAGUUGUUGAAAAAGGAUGAUAAAGCCUUUGAAAAUUAUGUAGACCACCCUGAAGUAGUUGAAGACCCAAGUGCCCCUGUAGAUGAAGAUCGGGAGUCAACUGAUGUAGCUAACAGUGAUGUUGAGAGCUUGGAUAGUAGCUCCUAUGACGAGGAUGAUGGGAACCAGAAGAAAAGGAAGAGGAAAUUGCCUAAAUUUCAUGAAUUUAGGCCGGAAACAGACAUGCGCAACCCUGUGUUUAAGCUGGGUUUAAGGUUUGCAACCACUGGCCUAUUUAGGAAAGCAAUUAGAAACUAUUCAAUUAUAAACAGGAGGAUGAUUAAAUUCAAAUGCAAUGAUCGUGAUAGGGUGAGGGCAGUGUGUGCAGGGAAAUGUAACUGGGUUUGUUUUGCUUCAGCAGUGAAUGGAAGUGAAUGGGUUCAAGUGAAGAAGUUGGUUGACGUCCAUGAUUGUGGGACAGUUGACCACAACUUUCAUGCUAACUCAACAUGGUUAGCUCAGAGAUAUGCUACUCAACUGUCUAGACUGCAUAAUUGGGAUAUGGGGAGUUUUAAGCAGCAGGUACAAGAAGAUUUGUCUGUGAUAGCUUCUAAAUCCCAAAAAUAUAGGGCAAGGCAGAAGGCAACAUCCAUAACUGAGGGGACUUAUGAAAAGCAGUAUGAGUUAUUAUGGGAUUAUGCUGCUGAACUAAGGAGGACAAAUGUGGGUAGCACAGUCAUUAUCAAAUGUGAGUUGGAGGGUGAAAGGCCAAGGUUUCAUAGGAUUUACAUUUGCUUGGCUGCAGUUAAACAAGGGUUUUUGCAGGGAUGUAGGCCAGUGAUAGGAUUUGAUGCUUGUCAUAUCAAAGGAAAUCACCCUGGACAAUUGUUAUCUGCUGUUGGUGUGGAUCCUAACAAUGGCAUGUAUCCUAUUGCUUAUGCAGUGGCUGAGGUGGAGAAUUAUGAGACAUGGUCAUGGUUUUGUCAAUUGUUGGCAGAGGACCUUGGAAUUGAAAACAGCACAGGAUAUGUCUUUAUCACAGACAAGCAAAAAGGCUUGAUUGAAGCAGUGCAUGAUAAAUUUCCAAACGCUGAGCACAGACACUGCCUCAAACACUUAGAAGCAAAUUUUUUGCUUGCUGGUCACAGAGGAUUGGUGUUGAAAUUGCAAAUGGAGAAAAUUGCAAGGAGCACAACCAUCCCAUGGUGGGAUGCUGAGAUGAAAAAGAUGAGAGAGUUGAGCCAAGCUGCAUUUGAUUGGGUGGCGGCCUUAGAUCCAUCACAAUGGUGUAGAGCUCACUUUAAAACUCAUUCCAAGUGUGACAUCCUUUUGAAUAAUAUGUGUGAGGCUUUUAAUGGUGCCAUUGUAGAAGUCAGAGACAAACCCAUUUUAACCAUGCUAGAGAGGAUUCGAUACUAUAUUAUGUUGUUGAUGGCAACUAGAAGAGCAUCUUGUGAGAGAUGGAAACAUGACAUUGGUCCAAGGAUUUUUGGCAUUUUGGAGAAAACGAAGAAAGAAUCAGCUUGGUGCAUUCCAAAGCUUGCUGGGGAGAGUUUAUAUGAGGUCAAAAACCAUGAUGGAAGUCAGGUUGUGGUUGAUUUGGCAAGGCAUAGUUGUUCAUGCAGGAGAUGGGAUAUCACUGGGAUCCCAUGUAAGCAUGCUUGUGCUGCCAUUGGGCAAUUAAAUGGGGAUCAUAUUGCUUAUGUACAUGGUUGUUACAAGAAGGAAGCCUUUAUGAGAGCUUACAGUCCAAUGGUUCACCCAAUGACAAGUGAAGACUUGUGGCCUAAGUGUCAUAGGCCUCCUUUGAUGCCACCACUUUAUCACAAACAACCUGGGAGACCAAGGAAGAAGAGGAUGCCGUCAGCAGGUGAACAACCACGCAAAUCUAAUCCUACAGCCACCAAGUUGCAAAGGUAUAACUUGGAAACCAAGUGUUCACUUUGUAGACAAUGA